AUGUGUACGAAAACGAGGCUCGAAACGGAAAUAUAUUUAUCGGGCGGGAGCGAAAGGGACGCUGAGCGACGCGGCGCGGGAAUUCGUUUCCCGCGCAAACUUAAGAGCGUCGACGCGGGAGUAUCGCAGAGACGCCUCUCGGAAAGCGUCGUGUACGGAGGCGGGCGCCUUAUAAUGGCAAGCAGCGCUUUCGCUAUCUUAUUUCAAUUUAAACGCUCCAUUGAUUGCAGACGCCUUGGGCGUAUUCGGCGGGAGCGAGCGCGAGCGGGCGAUACAUCAAAGUCACAGGUGAGGGACCGACGGGGCCGUCUUCCCGUGGAGGCGGAAACGUCGAUGGAAGUCGCCGCGUCAAAGUCGCAGGAC